AUGUCAAUCCGCAGGCCGUCCGCGCAUCAACGUCGUGCCCGACAUGAAAAAUUACGAUUUACUGAGAAGGGCACUUUCCAAAUAUCAGUUUUUGGCGAUUUACAUUUUGCUGAAGGUACGAUGAUAGACUCGAACUACUGUUUCGGGACGCUAACUAUAUUCAAAGAUGAUGAGGCGGAUAAAAAUUCCACACGGGUCAUGAACAGCGUUCUUUCGUCAGAGGAAGUGCAACUCGUGGUACUCAAUGGGGAUUUAAUCUCGGGUGAGGCAACGCAAGGCUCCACCAACCCUAGUCUCUACGUUGAUCGGAUUGUUGCACCACUAGUCGAUCGUGGUUUACCAUGGGCAUCGACUUAUGGGAACCAUGACAGCGAGAUUAAUCUGGAUCCCGAGGAGAUAUUUCGUCAAGAGACAAAAUAUCAGAACAGUUUAACCCAGAGAAGGGUUUGGGGGUCUACUGCCGGCAUCACGAACUAUUACCUGCCAAUCUUUUCACAUGAAGCCUCGGAAGACAGUACUCCAGUAUUUAUAUUGUGGUUUUUCGACAGCCAAGGUGGUCAUUUUGCCUUGACAGAGAACGAAGAGCGCAAGUCAGUCCCGAGACAGAACUGGGUAGAUGAUGCGGUUGUUGAGUGGUUUCUAGAAGCCAAUUCAAACCUGUCAUUCACCUACGGGCAGACUAUCCCAUCUCUCGCCUUCGUCCAUAUCCCAGUUCAUCCAAUGCGCGCAUUUCAGGAAUCUGGCGUCAGCCCAACCCGAGAACCAGGAAUCAAUGGGGAACGAGUCCAGGAGCAAGGCUAUGAUGCCGAUGCCGGCUAUCAGUCUCAAGACUUCCCACUAAUAAGCGCUCUGCUGAAUACCACGGGGCUGGCUGCGACUUUCAGUGGCCAUGAUCACGAUAAUGACUGGUGCUUCAAGUGGGAUAGUAAACUUCCUGGUCUCAAUGUCACGGGAAAUGGGAUGAACAUGUGCUACGGCCGGCACACGGGAUAUGGAGGGUACGGCGAAUGGGCGCGUGGUGGAAGACAGAUUUUGUUAGAUCAGCGGUCGCUUGGGGAUGAUGUGCGGACUUGGAUUCGGAUGGAAAAUGGGUUAAUUUCAGGCGAUGUUCAUCUCAAUGCGACAUACGGCCAAGAUCGAUAUGGGUUAUCGGAGAAGAGGCUCAUCGAGCAACAUAGUGGUGGUCUUUCUCCUUCUCCUCAAUACUUGGGUGUCAUCUAUUUGUGGAUGUUUCUUUUUUCUGGACUGAUAUCUAGGGUUUGA